UUGAUUUGUUUGUACCUCUGUGCUUAGCAGUUUGUGUUAUCAGUGGUAUGGAGGCGGAUAAAGACAUUCAGAACACACCGACGGGGUUCUACUGCAAGCUGUGCGAUGUCCAAAUACCAAACAAGCCCAGUUUGGAAGAUCACAUGAAGGGGAAGAAGCACCAGCACCUCUGUCGGCUCCGGGCCAAGAGGAAAUCUCAGGAGGAGAACAGCGUCUACGUCAGUGGUUUUAAGCCAGCGACAUCCGUAACUGAGCUGACCGAGUACUUCCAGCAGUAUGGACCCGUGGCUGAAGUCAUCAUGGACAAGGAUCGGGGUCUGUACGCUAUAGUGGAGUUCAGUGAACCGGCUAGUACGGAUGUGGCCUUGGCUCAGCUGCAGCACCGCCUGGACGGACUAAAGCUCCGCAUCAAACCCAGAGAGAGGAAAGGCUUCAAACUGGCCAGCAAAGCAAAGCACGACCCAAACAAACCUCAGGUCAACCUGGAGAAACUCAACCACGAGCUCUGCCAAACGGCUUCUGUGAACGAGCAGAUGCAGAAGGUGGUGGAGAAUUUCCAGCUUGGUGAGAACGAAAGCAAAGCCAGGGAGCUCCUCGUUCAGCUGCUGCAGGAGGUCCUCACAGAGUUCCUACCAGAUUGUCAGAUUUUACCUUUCGGUUCCUCGGUGAACACGUUCGGCGUCCACUCGUGUGACCUCGAUCUGGACUUGGAUCUGCAAAGCACACAAACCUUCCAGAAUCGCACCAAGAGAUCUGAGCAGACGGGUGAGAAUAAGUCAGAGGACGGCCAAUCAGAAGACUCCAUCCUGUCUGACAUCGACCUGGCUACGGCGUCCCCGGCCGAGCUGCUGGAGCUGGUGGCGGCUAUUUUGAGGAAGUGCGUGCCCGGGGUGCACAAGGUGCAGCCGGUCAGCACCGCCCGCCUCCCGGUGGUCAAGUUCAGCCAUCGUCAACUCGACCUGCAUGGAGACAUAACCAUCAACAACAGAUUGGCAGUAAGAAACACAAGGUUCCUGCAGUUGUGUUCCGGACUGGAUUCUAGAGUUCGUCCUCUUGUCUAUACCUUUCGAUUCUGGGCCAAACAGAAACAUAUAGCAGGGAAUCCGUCCGGCGGUGGACCACUGCUUAAUAACUACGCUCUGACCCUGCUGGUCUUCUUCUACCUGCAGAACAUUAAUCCACCUGUCCUGCCUACUGUGGAGCAGCUGAAGAACAUGGCAUGUGAGGAGGAGGAGUGUGUCAUUAAUGGAUGGGACUGCACCUUCCCCAGUCAGCCAAUCAGAGUGCCUCCUAGCAAAAACACAGACGACCUCUGCACCUUACUGUUUGGUUUCUUUACCUUCUACCACAAGUUUGACUUUCCUGAAUCUGUGUUGUGCCUGAGAUCUGGCCGUGCUCUUCCCAUUACUGACUAUGAAGAGAUGCAUAAUGCUGCAGAGGGUUCGGACACUAAGCAGACACCUUCUUCAGGUCCUAAAUUGGGACCUGUGAACAUCCUGGAUCCAUUUGAGCUUCACCACAAUGUAGCUGGUAAUCUCACCGAGCGAACCCUUAAGAACCUCCGUAGGGAGCUGUGCGAGGCUGAGAAAUACUGCCGCAGCCUGCAGUACCAGCGCAAGUCAGCCAAGGGGAAGUCCUGGGGCCUGGUGCGGCUUUUUGCCCCUCACGAGGGCACGUCCCGACCGCAGGAUGGUGUGGAGAAAGUCCCAGAGAUAAGCGUUCCAUUCAGGGCGGCGGUUCUACGAGGAUCGUUCCGUACAGAGCUGGCGGCGGCAGGCGAUGCCUCUCGGGUCAUGUGGUUCAAAAAGGUCUGCUCUGUCGUGGAGGUCGUGUUUAACGACAUUCUGAAAUGUGCGCCGACGACCCAGGUCGAACUCGAGCCGAGCUCUACGCCAACAGAUCACGAUCAAGAGCAAACCAAGCUUGAGGAAGUCAACAAUAAUCAAAAGACGGUGGUCGAUGCGUCCGGGAAUCGGGCUUCGGCUCAUCCUGGCGUCAAGAGAAGCCUGUCAGAAGAGCCAUCCUCUUCCUGUUCACCCCAGGGAAAGAGACCGAGACUGGACUCCUCGUCAGCUUUUCCUGAGGCGGUCCAGUGGACCUGGAUUCAGAGACACCAGGUCUGGGCCGGGCGCAGGAAGAUCCGGAGAUUUUUGGUGAAGUCGAGCGACGAGGCGUCCAAGCCCGAAGGCGGCUGCCGCAGUAUUGAGAGCAGGGUGACCCGGUACAUCGUGGAGAAAGACCCGGACCCUCGGGACUUGCUGGAGUUCGGGGUGGAUGCUGCGCUCGUGGGUAGCGGCGAACUCACCAGGGCUUUGCUCAAGAUCAAACCCACCAGCGAUCCUGCCGGACACUUUCAGGAUUUUUUCCACUUUCUGGACUCCUUCCUGCUCAGAAUGGUGGAAACGUUGCUAGCCAAGUCAGAAUAAUUCUUCCUUAUUAUCUGGUUCUUCGGUUGUCCUUCUCAAACAUCUUGUUUUUGAUCGUUUUAUAUUAUAAAAUGUGAGAUUUUGUUGUUUUUCCAGGCUGAUAAAAAUAUCAGUGCUCUUUUGGUUGAUGUUUUUUUUUCCUUUUGUAUGAUACUUUGUUUUAGUACAUUUGGAUUCGAAAAAGCUGGAAUGCAGCUUAUUAAACAUGAAUGACGACUCACUUUGGACUCGGCUCUUUGUUUUGUUUUUUGUUUAUUUUAUCUUAUUUUUCAUGGGAACAAAUGUCCAACGUCCAUUUUUUACAUAAACAAUCUGAAAGGUUGACUUAUACUUUAUCAGUACAGUGGUACCUUGUAACUCCUUGUGUUUCCCUUAAACUCAACGUUUCCCUUAAACUCAAUGUGUGUGUGACCACCUCUUUAAUCAGCACUCGGCUUGAGUGGUGCGGCAGAACAUCAUCAAAGCGUCAAUAUGAGACGGAUCUGCAUUUGUGUGGAAUAACCAUCAGAUCCAGUGUUACAGCUCCACAUGUAUCUGUGUUUAUCUGGAUUUUCCUCCCUGUUUCACUUUUAAACUUCUGUUACAGCUCGAGGUUCUGAGAAUUGUGAGAAUCAGAAUCAGCUUCUCCCAGAGUCCAAAAAUCUUUAAAUUAUCGUUAAAAAUAAAGCUUAACGUGGUUUAAUGUAGUAAAACAAUA